AUGGCGUUCCUCGGCACCUCGCAAGGGGGGGGUCAAGGUGGGAGGACCGGUGGCCUUGCUACAGUUGUAACACUGCGCCAACAGGGGGUUGAGCUGGCAUGUGUGGCUAUCGUCUGCGCCAUGGCGUCCAUAGCAUGGGCACGCCCCGAGCCCCCAGCGGGCCAGUUCAUGUCGUCAGGAGACAACUACUCCGCCAAGGACUCGAUCCUGUCGCCCCCAGCUGUGCUACCUGACACGAGAGGAUACCCAGAACCCUCUGAUUCGUAUGGUGCUCCUUCUGGUGGAUACCCUAAACCUUCUGGCAACUAUGGCGCUCCCGCUAACGCAUACCUCACGCCCGCUGAAAAAUACGGUGCUCCUUCCAGCACAUACCUCGCACCCUCUGACACAUAUGGUGCUCCUGCAAGCAAAUACUCUACACCCUCUGACAUCUAUGGUGCUCCUUCUAGUGGAUACCCUAAACCCUCUGACACAUAUGGUGCUCCUUCCAGCACAUACCUCGCACCCUCUGACACCUAUGUUGCUCCUUCUGGCACAUACCUCGCACCCGCUGACACCUAUGUUGCUCCUUCUAGUGGAUACCCUAAACCCUCUGACACCUACGGUGCUCCUUCCAGCACAUACCUCGCACCCUCUGACACCUAUGGUGCUCCUGCAAGCAAAUACCUCGCACCCUCUGACACCUAUGGUGCUCCUUCUAGUGGAUACCCUAAACCCUCUGACACAUAUGGUGCUCCUUCUAGUGGAUACCCCAAACCCUCUGACACCUAUGGCGCUCCUUCUGGCACAUACCUCGCACCCUCUGACACCUAUGGUGCUCCUUCCAGCACAUACCUCGCACCCUCUGACACAUCUGAUGCUCCUUCUAGCACAUACCUCGCACCCUCUGACACCUACGGUGCUCCUUCUAUUGGAUACCCUAAACCCUCUGACACCUAUGGUGCUCCUAAAGAUACAAACUAUGACUCCUCUUAUACAUACAGUGGCCCUGAUGGCUCAUACAACACUCCCUCCGAUAAUUAUACUCCACUGGCUGAAACAAACGCUGCCCCUUCGCCAACAUAUGGAGUACCAGGCUAUGCUAAACAGAAGUCCGGAGAAAACGACAUGUCGGAGCCGGCCAACUACCAGUUCUCGUACGGAGUGCAGGACGCCGAGUCGGGCAGCGAGUUCGGCCACCUGGAGAGCAGGCAGGGGGACGCCGCCUGGGGCUCGUACAACGUGCUGCUGCCCGACGGCCGCAAGCAGAUCGUGGAGUACGAGGCCGACCAGGCGGGCUUCCGCCCCAUGAUCCGCUACGAGGAGCCCCUGGCCGGCUACGGCCGGGGGGCGGGCGGUCCCUACUAG